UCUCCUCUCCUACUUGUCUCCUUGUCUCGGCUUCCUUGUUUUCACAUAACAACAAAAUCUCUUAUAACAUAAUCUUUUGUCCAAAACUCUAAGCCAUGGCUACUGUUGUAUAUCAAGGGUUUCAAUCUUACUUUCAUGAGUCUCAACACUUUGAGCCAAGAGCUCUAAGACUCAGGCUCUCUUCUCCUAACAAUCCUCAAUUAUCCACUCCUCUCAAAUCCCAUUUCAUAGACUCAUCCAUCACUCCACAAGACAACACUACUACCACUAAUGCAGCCUCCUUGUCCUCAUCAGGUCCUAACUCGGACUCUAACUCGGAAAGUUGGAGCUUCCUUGAUCCCCUCUCAAACUCGAGCUCUGAUGAUAAAGAGAAGACAACAUUAUCACCAUACGUUCCUUCUCCAUCUUCACGUAGAACUCUCAGCGAUGAGAGCCUAGCAUUGUGCACUGAAAGCCUCGGUAGCGAGACCGGCUCUGAUGUCAUCAACGAUCAAGAUUUGUUCUUAGUUUCAUCAGAACUACAAACCAUGGAAACUAGAACGUCGACGACGACAUCAGUAUCAUCACGACAAGGUAGGAAGAGGAAUGCGAUGGAUUCACUUCCACCUCCUUUGACAAGUAUGAGAGGUUUUGGUUGCAUUCAAGUCAAGUCCCACCGUGAGAAUGGGAGAUUGGUAAUGACGGCCACGAAACCUCCCCCGCGCAAUCGGUGCUUACAGGACCGAAGUAAUGGCUGCGUCCGGCUCGCUAUCUUGAUUGAUUCUGAUGAACGCAUAGAGACAGAGACCAAAGAUGAAGAAGAAGAAGAAGAAGAAGAAGAAGAAGAAAUAAUCGAGAUAGAGAGAGAUAACGAAGAAGAGAUUCCAGAAUACGAGGAAAAAGAAGAAGAAGAAGUUGAAGAAGAAGUUGAAGAAAAGGAAGAAAUCGAAGUGAUGGGUAUUGAGAAAAUACAAAGAUCAAAAAGAUGUCAUGAAGUGGAUCAAGAAAACAGAGGAUUUCGAAAUUGGGAAUCUUUUUGUGUUGCCACUUCCUAAGAAAAUAAUCUGUUUCCAAUCUCUCUGUAAUCACAAUUUCACACCUAUUUUUU